CAGCCUCCUGCUCGCCUCCCUUCUCCCCCUCUUUUCUCCUCGCACCCAUCAGCUGCCUCCUCUCCGGCGAUGGUCGCCUCCGGUCCCCCCGCGCGGCGCUGAGCGAGGCCCCAGCGCAUCCCCGCUCCCACGCUUGCACCAAGCCAGCAGCGAGCGGUGGAAGGAGCGGUGGAGGAGGCUCGUCCCAGCCCCGGCACCUGCGUCGCAGCAGCGGCAGCCACGGAGCAGAGCCAGCCCAGCUCCGGCCCCGGCCGCCAGCCCUGACUCCAGAGUGGCAACCCCAGGGUGCCGGCGCGGACCAUGAUGGACCUGAAGGUGGACGAGGAAGAGGUGGACAGCGGGCAGCCGGUGAGCAUCCAGGCCUUCGCCAGCAGCUCCACCCUCCACGGGCUCUCGCACAUCUUCUCGUAUGAGCGGCUGUCGCUGAAGCGCGUGGUCUGGGCGCUCUGCUUCCUGGGCUCGCUGGCGCUGCUCGCCCUCGUCUGCACCAACCGCAUCCAGUACUACUUCCUCUACCCACACGUCACCAAGCUGGACGAGGUGGCCGCCACCAGGCUCACCUUCCCCGCCGUCACCUUCUGCAACCUCAACGAGUUUCGCUUCAGCCGGGUGACCAAGAACGACCUGUACCACGCCGGCGAGCUCCUCGCCCUGCUCAAUAACAGAUACGAGAUCCCGGACACCCAGACGGCCGACGAGAAGCAGCUGGAAAUCCUGCAGGACAAGGCAAACUUCCGAAACUUCAAGCCCAAACCUUUCAACAUGCUGGAGUUUUAUGACCGGGCUGGCCACGACAUCCGGGAGAUGUUGCUGUCCUGCUUCUUCCGCGGGGAGCAGUGCACCCCCGAAGACUUCAAAGUGGUCUUCACGCGCUACGGGAAGUGCUACACCUUCAAUGCGGGGCAGGAUGGGAAGCCCCGGCUCAUCACCAUGAAGGGGGGCACCGGCAACGGCCUGGAGAUCAUGCUGGACAUUCAGCAGGAUGAGUACCUGCCGGUGUGGGGGGAAACAGACGAGACCUCAUUCGAAGCCGGGAUCAAGGUGCAGAUCCACAGCCAGGACGAGCCCCCGCUGAUCGACCAGCUGGGCUUCGGGGUGGCACCCGGCUUCCAGACCUUCGUGUCCUGCCAGGAGCAGCGGCUCAUCUACCUGCCACCUCCCUGGGGCGACUGCAAGGCCGUGGCGGGCGACUCGGAGUUUUACGACACCUACAGCAUCACCGCCUGCCGCAUCGACUGCGAGACCCGCUACCUGGUGGAGAACUGCAACUGCCGCAUGGUGCACAUGCCGGGCGAUGCCCCUUACUGCACCCCGGAGCAGUACAAGGAGUGCGCGGACCCGGCCUUAGAUUUCCUGGUGGAGAAGGACAACGAGUACUGCGUCUGCGAGAUGCCCUGCAACGUGACCCGCUACGGCAAAGAGCUCUCCAUGGUGAAAAUCCCCAGCAAGGCCUCUGCCAAGUACCUGGCCAAGAAGUACAACAAGUCGGAGCAGUACAUCGGGGAGAACAUCCUGGUGCUGGACAUCUUCUUUGAAGCCUUGAACUAUGAGACGAUCGAGCAGAAGAAGGCGUACGAGGUGGCCGGCUUGCUGGGUGACAUUGGAGGGCAGAUGGGGCUCUUCAUCGGGGCCAGCAUCCUCACCGUGCUGGAGCUGUUUGACUACGCCUAUGAGGUGAUAAAGCACCGGCUGUGCCGGCGGGGCAAGUGCCGCAAGAACCACAAGAGGAACAACACGGACAAGGGCGUCGCGCUGAGCAUGGACGACGUGAAACGCCACAAUCCCUGUGAAAGCAUACGGGGCCACCCGGCAGGCAUGACGUACGCAGCAAAUAUCCUACCUCAUCACCCGGCCCGGGGCACCUUUGAGGACUUCACCUGCUAACUGACGUCUGGAUGUACAACCUGAGCUACCAAAGCCCUCCGGAGAGCUGCCCUUCUCCCUGCGAGCGCCAGCGGAGAGACACACCAAGGGGACCUUGCUCCUCGCCACAGUGGGACAUGGACAAGAGCGAUGGCCUCGGAUUUCGGGGCAGGCGGUCGGGUCGGGCCACGCUCGAACCUGGCAUGCAGCCUCCGCGGCAGCUGCUCCGUGCCUGCCCCGUUAGCUCAGAGACUCGAGGACGCUCCAGCCCAGCCAUCCUCGCGGCGCGGGGAGCGACACGCACAGCGGGCUGGGGCACGGGCCUUCCCCGUCUCCUCCCCUUCGGCUCCCCUCAGCCUUUUUAACUAGAAACCCAGAAGCCAAGAAGAAGCAGCCAUUUGGCCGCACAGUCUCCAUCCACAGCCCUGUCCGUCUGUCCAUCCGUCGUCUCCAUGCCCAUUUUGCUCCCACGCCUCGGCCGGCGCUUGCCGGUGGCCCUGUGCCCGGCGGGAGGGAUCGCCGCGGAGCCCUGCAGCGUGUCCAGCGGGCACGGCCGCGGGUUCAUCGGCCCCAGCAGAGCCUCGCUGCCCCCUGGGACCACGGUGGCCCGCAGCCCACCCUCACCACGGCCCUCUCUGGGCACCCCCAGCCGUUCCACGUGCACAAAGACGGGGCAGCUCCACCUCUCCAAAACGUCUUCCUCGGCCACCUGCCCUGGGGACGGCGGUGCCCAGCCGCUGAGCUCACCGGUGGCUGCAAGCGCCGUGGAGGACCCAGCCUGGGGGUGCCACCUUGGCAUCGAAGACCCCGCUGCCCAGUCGCUCUGCCUCGGCUGUGUCAUGGGGUGGUCUCCCUGCCUGUCUCUCCUGGGCUUUGCCCCGCAGUCCCUUGUGUCCCCAGGGAACCUGGAGCUACCCCGUGCGGCCCCAAAAACAGCCAUCCUUGGG